AUGACAUUAAGGAAAGUGAACAUUUCCAUCCUUGUAGUGGCUGUUGUCAUAUUUUUGCUCGUUCUUCAUCACAACUUCCUAGGCCUCAGUGACUUCUUGAAACGGGAAUUGUCAGAUUCAAAUCCAUUAGGACUUCAGCCUAUAGAUUUCAUACCUGCGGUUCCCCAGAGGCUGGCAGAUGAAAGGAAUGAUAAGGAGAUUUCUGUGGUCAUUGCAGCAUCGGAUGAGAGGCUUGGAGGUGCAAUUGCAGCCAUGAACAGUAUUUACCGUAACACCAGAUCCAACGUGGUUUUCCAUAUUGUUACUUUGAAUGAUACUGUGGAUCACUUGAGGCUGUGGCUAAGUAACACUGCUCUGAAAAAUCUGAGAUACCGAAUUUUGGAUUUUGACCCUCGUGUCUUAGAAGGGAAAGUGCAAGUGGAUCCUCAGAAGGCAGACCCCUUGAAACCAUUGACCUUUGCAAGAUUCUACUUGCCCAAUUUGGUACCUCAUGCAGAAAAGGCCAUCUAUGUGGAUGAUGAUGUAAUAGUGCAAGAUGAUAUUCUUGAACUUUACAACACUCCGUUGAAACCUGGACACGCAGCUGCGUUUUCAGACGACUGUGACUCAACCACUAAUAAAGUUGCUGUCCGUGGAGCCGGCAAUCAGUAUAAUUACAUUGGGUUUCUAGAUUACAAAAAAGAAACCAUCCGAAAGCUUGCCAUGAAAGCCAGCACCUGCUCUUUCAAUCCAGGAGUUUUUGUUGCCAAUCUGACAGAAUGGAAAUUACAGAACAUCACUAAGCAAUUGGAGAAGUGGAUGGCACUUAAUGUAGUAGAGGACCUUUACAGUAGGACUCUGGCUGGCAGCAUCACGACACCUCCCCUGCUAAUUGUAUUUUACAAGCAACAUUCCAGUAUUGAUCCCAUGUGGAACGUCCGGCAUCUCGGGUCUAGUGCUGGAAAAAGGUACUCUCCCCAGUUUGUGAAAGCUGCCAAACUGCUCCACUGGAAUGGACAUUUCAAACCAUGGGGAAGAACAGCUUCAUAUGUCGAAGUCUGGGAGAAGUGGUAUGUCCCUGACCCAACAGGCAAGUUCAGCCUGAUCCGCAGACAUUCCGAAGCCUAUGAAGCAAAGUAGAGUCGAUUUCAGUAACUGAUGGCCUUUUCUCAGGAAACCUCUGGAGCCAAGCAGAACGUUGUUUUUAGUCACGUUGUAUUACAGAGCAGUCCUGGCCUUCUGGAGUGCGAGGCGAUACGCGUAUUCAGGUGCAGUUCUGAAAAGUACAGGUCCGAAAGAGACUCACCUCACUUGCACGACAGAAGAUGCUCCUCCAGCAG